AAUUGCGACGUCGUCUCCAACCAGACCACACAACUGAAAUUCAAUUCAAUUUCAUUUGGCUUUCGAGCGCAAAACCGAGCACAUUUCAAUCAUCAUCAUUAUUAUCAACGUCGUAUUCUGAUCUGUUGUUUUAUUCGUUUCGUUUUACUCGUUUCGUUUGUUGCAUUCCCCCGAUAAAGCCAACAACAACAGCGAAAAAUGGAGCAGUGGAAUAAUGUGGAGCUGACGAGCAUUACCAAAAAGUCAUACACCCUGAAUCACGAUUACGACGAUGCCGCCAAGCCGAACAAGGCUAACGACACCGACUCAACUCCCCAAAAUUCCAAUGGCAACAGCAACGGUAACGUCAAUGACCAGGUGGCGUCGUCGGAUGGCGAUAAAGUGCUGCAACCUGGCUCGGAUAUCAAGCCCAAGAUGCGGCCAGAAGAUGUCGAGCCGUUGGUACGUCGUCUAUACGGAAUUACCGUCAGUGAGCUGAAGGAACUCAUCUCCUACGAUGAUCGCAACUACUUGAUAAAGGAAGAUUGCAAUGUAAAGAAUCCACUAAUUGUCACUCAUUGCCCGUUGGGGUAUGUGUUGAAAAUUCUUAAUGCUUUGGACUCGAAAAAAGAAGAAUUCGUGGAUGCUCAGAACCAACUGCUGCUCUACCUUUCCAAACAGCAAGUAAAGUGCCCACGUCCUAUUGCCAAUGCACGCGGCAAAUAUUAUUCGGUGGAGCAGCUCAAUGGCAAUGCACAUGUGGUGCGUCUACUGGACUUCAUACCGGGUAAAAUGUUCCAUGAGGUCGAGGUGACUAAGAAUCUGCUCUUUCAAUGCGGCGAGUACUUGGCCAAAUUGGAUCGUGCUCUCAAAAACUUUACUCAUAAGGCCUACGACACGCACAAGACCCUGUGGAUGCUGCAAUCGGUGCCGCAGUUGCGAGAUUUCCUCUACGCCCUUCAGGAUCAUCAGCGUAAAGCGUUGUGCGAGGAGAUCAUUGAGGCAUUCGAGUCAAAGGUGUUGAGUGUGUUGUCCACGCUGGAGCUGCAGAUCAUACACGGCGACUAUAACGAGCAGAAUAUUCUGGUUAGUUCAUCAAAAGACGGAUCACUGGAUUCGUAUCGCGUCACAGGCGUCAUUGACUUCGGAGACACGAAUCGUUCGCCGUUGAUCUUCGAGUUGGGCAUUGCCAUGAGCUACAUGAUGCUGCAAGCCAAGGAUUUGGCUAGCGGAGGCAUUUUCCUCGCUGGCUACACCAGCAUUCAGUCAAUUAGCGCCACAGAGCGCAGCUAUCUCAAGUAUUGUGUGGCGGCUCGUCUCGCCCAGAGUCUGGUGAUGGGCGCCUACACACAUACGCUGCAUCCGGGCAAUGAUUACGUGUUGGUCACGCAGGCCCAAGGCUGGAUACUGUUGGAGCAGUUGUGGCGCGACAGUUUCGAGUCCAUCGAUGAACUGUGGCAGACAACGGCUCAUCAGUAUCUCACGCAAAGCAAUAAGUAAUCCACAUCCAAGUCCGUCCAAUAAGCAACUGUCAACUUUUGUCAAUUAGUAUUUUGAGCCUUGUCAAGUUUUAAGUAUUGAAAAUUUGCAUUUUACUUUAUUAUUUGUAUGUAUAAUUAUUAUAUUAUUACUGUUUAUUUUUAUUAUAUAUAUAUAUACCUUUAAUUUUUACAAUAAAACUUGUUAAACAGUUAAAUGUACAGAAAUACAUUUGAUGCAUUUUCAAAAUAGUUAUUGGAUAUUUUUGUUUUGUGUGUUUUGCGGUGUUUUUGAAAAAGUUCUUGAUCAGUGGCAAAAUGGCAAUGAGUGUUUACGGAGCUGUGGCAAAUUGAACUAAUUAACAGCUACGUAAAUUACAUGCGAUUUCCAAUCGAUAUAUAUAUAUAUAUAUAUAUAUAUAUAUAAUUUAUAUUACUAUAUGCUAUAUUUAUUAUAAAAAAAAAAAGACUUAAACAAUAUGCAAUAUACAAGCAAAUCGAACGGAUUGCUGUUAUCUCUCUCAACUUAUAAAAUAUCGCGCUUAAUAAUGGUUUUUGUAUCUUUUUCUUUUUUGUUAAAUACAUUAAUAUCUAAUUACUACAUAGUCACGUCUACUUAAGAGCUACUUAUCUAUAUAAGGGGGUCUUAGAGCCUAGCAAAAUGUACAGAUAAAGCCUGCACUACCAAAAAAAUUCGCAAUGCAAAUUCUCCGAGACGUUGCACUUUGCACUAAAAUAUUUAUGUAGAUAUUACACAGAUUUUUAUCUCUGCUCCUAUCAUAGCGCAAAAGAUAAUUUAAAUAUACAAUAUACAGUUAAAUAAACACUUUGCAUUUUACACAGCUUGAAAAUCAA